UCUGUGAACGAGGUAGACUGUGGCUCAGGGUGGGACUGAGGGGACUGACGUCUUCGUGCUUCCUUGUGAUAUUUUUUCUUUUUAUUUAAUCAUCAAAAUUAAGAGUAGCAGCCACAUGAACCUCUCAAAGUAAUCGCCUUGAAACGGGGUGUGGGCUACGAAAUCCAGGGGGUAAUUAAAUUUGCCUGUGAUAAAAUCGCUUGAAAAUCAAGUCAAGAGAAAUGGACGAAAAGGCGUUUACGAAGGAGCUUGAUCAAUGGAUCGAGCAACUGAAUGAAUGCAAGCAACUCUCGGAGAGCCAGGUCAAAACGGUCUGUGAGAAGGCUAAAGAAAUUCUGACCAAGGAAUCAAAUGUACAAGAGGUACGAUGUCCAGUAACGGUUUGCGGAGAUGUCCAUGGCCAGUUUCAUGACCUCAUGGAGCUUUUCAGAAUUGGAGGAAAGUCACCAGACACAAAUUACCUUUUCAUGGGAGACUAUGUGGACAGAGGCUACUAUUCUGUGGAAACAGUCACACUGCUUGUAGCUCUUAAGGUUAGGUACCGUGAGCGCAUCACCAUUCUCAGAGGAAAUCACGAAAGCAGACAGAUCACGCAAGUGUAUGGCUUUUACGAUGAGUGCCUAAGGAAAUAUGGCAAUGCAAAUGUCUGGAAAUAUUUCACAGACCUUUUUGAUUACCUUCCUCUAACAGCCUUGGUAGAUGGUCAGAUAUUCUGUCUACAUGGAGGACUUUCACCGUCCAUAGACACACUGGAUCACAUCCGUGCACUGGAUCGUUUACAGGAAGUUCCACACGAGGGACCCAUGUGCGAUUUGCUGUGGUCAGACCCAGAUGACCGUGGCGGUUGGGGGAUUUCACCCAGAGGUGCAGGCUACACCUUUGGGCAGGACAUAUCGGAAACCUUCAACCAUGCCAACGGCCUCACCCUGGUCUCUAGAGCUCACCAGCUUGUGAUGGAGGGUUACAACUGGUGCCAUGAUCGCAAUGUGGUAACGAUUUUCAGUGCACCCAACUACUGCUAUCGUUGUGGUAAUCAGGCAGCUAUAAUGGAACUAGAUGACACCCUGAAGUACUCUUUCCUGCAGUUUGAUCCAGCCCCUCGUAGAGGAGAGCCCCACGUCACGCGCCGCACACCUGACUACUUCCUCUAAGUUCUAAACAGUGCAGUAUUGCCAUAAUCUAUAUUCAGCUUGAAAACAGGGUUAGAUGGGUGGGUGUCCCUAUAAGGAAAUCUCCAGAUUAUUCAGAUUUGGGCGGGGGUUUGGGGGGCUCUUUAAUCAUUCAGAGAAAUAAAAUGUCUGUAUACAUGGACCAAAAAAUGUGCCAUAUCCAAAAAUAAAUUCCAGAAGCCUCUGUCCAGUAUCAUAACCAUAAGAUAUCCAGUAAUUUCUUUUUUCCCCACUUCUUGUUCCUGUUGUCCAGUCUGUAGAUCCUAGGCAGUAAAUGGACUUUGUUGAAGUUUUCAUGCUGUCGUCCAUUCGUCGCAUACUUAUGAACCUCAUGUUUUCUAAACAAUGUUUUUAAUCUGUUUGCACUUUUUUAUGAGAAGAGUGAACAGUCACGUCAAAUGUUUUUGAGCAAUGUUUUUCUUUUCCUUUUUAUUAUUAUUGAAGAAGUGUUUUUUUUUUUUCUUAUGGUAUGUAUCCCAGCAACCAUUUUCAGCAGAAAAAAAAUUAAAUUGAAAAUAAACAUGUUCAACAGGCAUCUGAUCAGUUUGUGUAUGGGAGACAUACCAGAUUGUGAGCAUGGUGAAAGGUUCUUGUGGUGGGUAAAUGUCUGCAUAAUGGGCACCAGCUGAAUAAUAAAGUUGGAAUUUGCUCCUUCA